AAUGGUACAAGUAAUAUUUUAGUAAUCCAAGUCGAAAACGUGAUUUUAAAACACAGAGCAUACCGUGAUGGCUUGUUGGCUUGCUUAUCAUACUUAAAAUUAUUUUCUAUGGCAACAUUGCAGAAGUGAGCCAUCGCCCUGUUACUGUGUCAUGGCGGUUUGACUUGUUAAAAGUUUUUUUGCAAUAACUCACUAGUUAAUGUGCUUUUUAGCGAUUUGAUCUUUGAUUUCAACAAUUAAUAACACGUGAUACAAAAUAGUUAAUAAUGCGCGAAUACAAAAUAGUCGUGUUAGGUAGCGGAGGCGUGGGAAAGUCUGCCCUCACGGUACAGUUCGUACAAGGCAUCUUUGUGGAGAAAUACGACCCCACCAUAGAAGACAGCUAUCGGAAACAGGUGGAAGUGGACGGUCAACAAUGCAUGCUCGAAAUUUUGGAUACUGCCGGCACGGAACAGUUUACCGCGAUGAGGGAUUUGUACAUGAAGAACGGCCAGGGAUUCGUGUUAGUGUAUUCGAUCACCGCACAGUCUACGUUUAACGACCUGCAGGAUCUCCGGGAGCAGAUCCUGCGAGUGAAGGACAAGGACGACGUGCCGAUGGUGCUGGUGGGCAACAAGUGCGACCUGGAGGCGGAGCGCGUGGUGGGCAAGGACCAGGGCGGCAACCUGGCUCGCCACUUCAACUGCGCCUUCAUGGAGACCUCGGCGAAGGCGAAAAUCAACGUCAACGACGUAUUCUACGACCUAGUAAGACAGAUCAACAAGAAGUCACCCAAAGAGGAAAGGAAAGUUAGGAAGAAUAAAGUGUGUCGUCUUCUGUAAGUGUUGCGGAGCCUCAGACGCGUCUAGAUAUACAAUAUUUAAUAAUUUGAAAGACUUCUCGUACCCGGAUUUGGCUCUUGACAGUUCCCAAAGUUAACUAGAUCGGGUGUUGAGCUUCGUCACUUGGCGAGCACCUGUAGCAUUUCGAGAAUGUGCAUUUGUUGAGCAGUGUCGUGAACCAGUGCUUUAGCACGAGUGGAAAAUGCACAGAGCAUCGUGGAUUUAUCCAGUCCUACCCAAAUAAAUGUAGCUACUACACAUUUUGGUCUGUUUUUUAUAGUUAAUGAGAUAUAUUUGAGGAUAGAUUCGACGAUUCUGUGUGUGUUUCACUCUAGAAAUUCCAAUUGUAAUGUGUGGAUGCUGUUAGGUUCAGAAGUUUAAUGUUACAAUAAAUUGUAUUUUAAUCCAUGGCAAUUGCAGCGGGAUUCCAUGUAGGUGUAUUGUAAAAUAAUCAAUAUGAAAAAUAGGUAAAUGACAUGCAAUAAUUACUAUAAUUCAUUUAUCUAAUGUUAAUUAAAAUUGUAGUUGUCAUGGACCAAUUAUUUAGGUCACAGCCAAACUCUUGAGUCUUUUCAAAAAUAACUAAUGUUAUUCUAUUAAUAUUCAAUGAAGUAACAAUGCUACGUUCAGCCAGACGGUUGCUUUGAACAGGAAAAGUAACAAUGGGUGUAUUUACCAUGACAUUAUCUCAAGGGCAUUCAAAUAUACUCAAAUGUUACACAGAAUUAUUCUUCAUUUUGUAAAAAAUUAUAUAGUCAUAACAUGAAUUCCAAAUGCAUUUAUUAAUAUAUCUUCGCUGUCUGAACAUAGCAAUGUACGGAAAGAUGAUUUAUUUUCUAGUUUUCUAGUAAUAUUGUUCUGAUUGCACUAAUGUUUACAAGAGCCCCAAACUUCUGAACGUUUGGAAUGAGAGUAGAAUAUGCAGGCUCCGAAGAGACCUGGAAAAUGUGCCAGCAGGCCUGUACCAGCAUGUAAGUAAUGUUUAAUAUUAAGGAUACAUUAAAUUUUUUCAGAUAUAUUAUUGUCUUGUUAUAUAAUUCAAAUGUAUCGAAGGGAAGUUGAUAAUGCAACACCAUUUAGGACUUGAUAACCUUUGAACAAAUAUUAGUGAGCCUUAGGUGAUUGCACCCUGCUGACCGUAGUGUCUUCAGCGUCUGCCUAGAGAAGUCCAGUGCGGUGGCUAGAGGCAUGCCACCGGCAUACAAAAGUGGACUAUAACCCCUCAUCUAUGAAAUUGAAAACUUUAAAUAAAAAAAUUAUCGUUAUUGUAAAUGGAUAAAGUUUUAUGGUAACUGGCUCAUUUAUAUAAAUCCAACCUAAGUUUUGCUGCUAUAAACUUUGUUAAACGUAAUAAUUAUAUAGGUGUUCAAAUAUUGUUACGGGAUUAGAUGUUUCCUCCAUUUGCAUUUCUGUUAACAUGUAAGAUUACUGCACAAGGAUAUUGGUAAUGACUUUGAUCUGAGUUGAAUUAUAUUUUUAUAUAUAUUGUGCAAAUUAAGAACUUGUAUAUUUUUAUCUUUGCAAUCAAUAAUUAAUCGACAUGUACAUUAACUAUUAAUUUCUUUUUUUUUGCAAAUUUAUCAAUAAAACCAAUUUUAAAUAUU